AUGCCUAGACUCCCCACUCGAGUACCGUAUGCAAUUUUCGCAAGAAAUAAUUCCCGAGUCUACAUUAACCAGAGCUAUAAGCUGCCACGAGACCUGAGCGGCAUUAUAACAGAAUGUCAUGAUGCUAAGAAUAGUUCCAGGAUCGUGCAGCAGGAUGCAUUUCCCUUGGUGCAGGUAAACAAUAAAACCAAAUGCUCAGAAAGGCAACCUUCGAGGAGGCAGCCCAGUGUCAUUCUCCUAGGAUUAGACAGCAUAUCACGUAUAAACUUUCAGCGCACAAUGCCAAGGACGGCCGAGUUUGUGAGCCAGGUUGGGUGGUUCGAGAUGGAGGGCUAUAACAAGGUGGCAGAUAACACAGAAGAGAAUCUUCUGCCGAUAUUGAUGGGUCACACGGUGAAACAGGCACCGCGUAAAUGUGAUCGUGAUGACAGAGAGUGUGUGUCACGGUUACCUUGGAUAUGGAAGGAUUACAAAAAAGCUGGUUAUACGAUUGCCCUGGCAGAGGAUCUGGCUAGUACAGGAGUUGUGUUUACAGAAGAUGUACUCGGAUAUCAUCCUGGUGAAGUGGAUCACAGCUUGCACUCGCUGCUGCUGAGAAUGGAACAAUUGAUGGCGAUCUAUGUGCGAUUCGGAUAUAAUUAUUGCAUUGGACGUCGUCUGACAAUAUCGUAUGUUUACGACUUUUGUGAGCAGUUCGUCUCCCGCUACGUGGAAGAGUUGGAUCAGCCGGCAUUUGGUUACUUCUGGAGCAGCACGUUCACCCAUGACUACAAUUUUGGGGCUGCCAGCUUGGACGACAGAUUUUUGGGCUAUUUGCAAAAGUUGCAGGCGCAUCAAAUUUUUGAUAAAGCCAUUGUGAUACUGUUCAGUGAUCAUGGAGCUCGUUUUGGGGAACUCUUGGAGCUGUCUGACGGUUUCCUGGAGGAACGUUUACCAAUGCUGCAUAUUUAUUUGCCGCCCUGGUUUCGAAAAUCGUAUCCCAAAUAUGUGCAGGCUUUGUAUUUGAAUCGGAAUCGCUUAAGCUCCAAUUUUGAUCUGCACAAUACACUGCGGCAUAUUCUCCAACUAGAUGUUUCAACGCAAGCAGAUCUUCCCGCUCUUCCCAGCUGUCCCUCUAGCCAGUCCUUGCUGCAUCCUUUGCCACGGGAUCGCAGCUGUGAGGAUGCCUGCAUUGGGGAGCAUUGGUGCACCUGCAAGGAGUUCAUUGCCCAGAGGAUGAACGCGGAUAUGUAUUAUCUGGCCAAGAUGGUUAUAUUUCACAUAAAUCGCUGGAUGCUUGUACAUCAAUUCAAUAGAUUCUGUCAGCGCAUCCGUCUCCUCGAUUUGGACAGUGCUGAGAAGAAGAUGCUCUUCGAGGAGAAUGGCCAGGAGACAAUGCACGGCGGCAUUGCCACAUAUCGAUUGCGAUUUCGCACUCUUCCCGACGCUGCCAAGUUCCAGGCCACAGUUCGACUCAAUCGUGAUCUGAAGAAAUUCGACAAUUUGUAUGUACCUGAGAUUAGUCGCCUCAACUCGUACCACAAUCAUUCCCAUUGUGUGGACGAUGUGAUUGCGAAAAAGUUCUGCUUCUGUUAUCCCCAUGUCAAAUUGGACACUUUCAUGAGCGAUUGGAAAAAUGUGAUGUUAACUACCAUGGAAGGUUAAUAGUAAAUAUUGAAAUAUUUUAUAAUGCAAGAGCACUAAUCAAUAAAAUUAUUAUCUGAAUAG